CGGUGUCCCGGGCUGGGGACGGAAGUUGCAGAAGUACCAUUAGUUUCAGUUUUGUUUCUCCCUCAGGCACCCAGCCACAGCAGCGUCCUGGUCUCGGGGGGCUCCCCACUCCCCAUCCUGGAGCCCAAGGUCAGCUCAGGCCCGCCCUAGGCACAAGGCAAGCGGUGUUUGCUUUUGCACUUUUGUUGAAUGUAUGUACGGAGCGGGGCAGCUCCCUAGCUCAAGAGCAAGUGGCCACAAGCUCUGCAAGAUCAGAAGAAGAUUCCUGGCCAUUCAGCAUGGUUUCCCAGGGAUCCUCGCCCUCCCUACUGGAAGCCCUGAGCAGCGAUUUCCUGGCCUGUAAAAUAUGUCUGGAGCAGCUUCGGGCACCCAAAACGUUGCCCUGCCUGCACACCUACUGCCAGGACUGCCUGGCCCAGCUGGCCGAGGGCGGCCACCUCCGAUGCCCCGAGUGCCGGGAGACGGUGCCUGUGCCACCGGCAGGCGUGGCCGCCUUCAAGACCAACUUCUUUGUCAACGGGCUUCUGGAUUUGGUGAGGGCCCGGGCUGGUGGAGACUUGCGUGCAGGGAAGCCAGCCUGUGCGCUGUGUCCCCUGAUGGGGGGGGCCGGCACAGGGGGGCCAGCCACGGCCCGGUGCCUGGACUGUGCGGAUGACCUGUGCCAGGCCUGUGCUGAUGGGCACCGCUGCACCCGGCAGACCCACACCCACCGGGUGGUGGACCUGGUGGGUUACCGGGCAGGCUGGUACGAUGAGGAGGCCCGGGAGCGCCAGGCGGCCCAGUGCCCCCAGCACCCCGGGGAGGCUCUGCGCUUCCUGUGCCAGCCCUGCUCUCAGCUGCUGUGCCGCGAGUGCCGCCUGGACCCCCACUUGGACCACCCCUGCCUCCCACUGGCUGAGGCUGUGCGCGCCCGGAGGCCAGGCCUGGAGGAGCUGCUGGCAGGUGUGGACAACAACCUGGCUGAGCUCGAGUCCGCCCGGAUGGUGGAAAAGGAAGCCUUGGCCCGUCUGCGGGAGCAAGCUGCUAAGGUGGGGACACAGGUGGAGGAGGUGGCUGAGGGGGUCCUCCGGGCCCUCCUGGCCCAGAAGCAGGAGGUGCUGGGGCAGCUACGGGCCCAUGUGGAGGCUGCCGAGGAGGCUGCUCGGGAGAGACUGGGGGAGCUGGAGAGCCGGGAGCAAGUGGCCAGGGCUGCGGCUGCCUUCGCCCGUCGGGUGCUUAGCCUGGGCCGCGAGGCUGAGAUACUCUCGCUGGAAGGGGCGAUUGCCCAGAGGCUCCGGCAGCUGCAGGGUUGUCCCUGGAUGCCUGGGCCAGCCCCCUGCCUGCUGCCCCAGCUGGAGCUCCAUCCUGGGCUCCUGGACAAGAACUGCCGCCUGCUACGGCUCUCCUUUGAGGAGCAGCAGCCCCAGAAAGACAGUGGGAAGGAUGAAGCUGGAAGCCAGGGAGGGGAUGAAACUCAGAGCCGGAGAGAGGAUGGAGCCAAGUCAGAGAGACAAGGUGCAAUCCAGCCCCAGAGCAGGGAUGGAGCUUAUGCCCCAAAGGAGAACAGAGCCCAGACACCCCAGGAAGAUGGAGCCCAGACCCCAAAGGAGGACAGAGCCAAGACACCCCAGGAAGAUGGAGCCCAGACCCCAAAAGAGGGCAGAGCCCAGACACCCCUAGAAGAUGAAGGAGCCCAGACCCCAAGGGGUGGCAGAUCCAACAAAAAGAGGAAGUUCAAAGGCAGGCUCAAGUCAAUUUCCCGGGAGCCCAGCCCAGCACCCGGGCUGAACUUGGAGGGCUCUGGCCUCCUCCCCAGGCCCAUUUUUUCCUGCAGCUUCCCCACACGGAUGCCUGGAGACAAGCGGUCUCCUCGGAUCACAGGGCUCUGUCCCUUUGGCCCCCGGGAGAUCCUGGUGGCCGACGAGCAGAACAGGGCACUGAAGCGCUUCUCCCUCAGCGGUGACUACAGGGGCGUGGUACCUGUCCCUGAGGGCUGCUCCCCGUGCAGCGUGGCCGCCCUGCAGGGGGCAGUGGCCUUCUCGGCUGGUGCAAGGCUCUACCUCAUCAGCCCUGACGGCGAAGUGCAGUGGCGCCGGGCCCUGAGCCUCUCCCAGGCCAGCCACGCUGUGGCUGCGAUGCCAAGUGGGGACCGGGUGGCCGUCAGCGUGUCAGGCCACGUGGAGGUGUACAACAUGGAAGGCAGCCUGGCCACCCGAUUUAUCCCGGGGGGCAAGGCUAACAGGGGCCUGCGGGCACUGGUGUUCCUGACCACCAGCCCCCAGGGCAACUUUGUUGGCUCCGACUGGCAGCAGAAUAGUGUGGUGGUCUGUGAUGGGCUGGGCCAGGUGAUUGGGGAGUACCGGGGGCCAGGCCUGCACGGCUGCCAGCCAGGCUCUGUGUCUGUAGAUAAGAAAGGCUACAUCUUUCUGACCCUUCGCGAGGUCAACAAGGUGGUGAUCCUAGAUCCGAAGGGGUCACUGCUGGGCGACUUCCUGACAGCUUAUCACGGCCUGGAAAAGCCCAGAGUGACCACCAUGGUGGACGGCAGGCAUCUGGUCGUGUCUCUCAGUAACGGGACCAUCCAUGUCUUUCGGGUCCGCUCUCCUGAUAGUUAAAGGGCUAGGACUGG